AUGAGCUCCUUAACUCGCAACAAAACUUAUACGGUGGCAUUAGAGUGGUACCAAAAGGAUGAGUGGCUGUUUAACCGUUCUAAAUUUUCAGCGGAAGGAACGGGUUUACAAGUUCAUCAUUUGCGGGCUGAAAAACAUACUCAUGAGCAAAACAAAACCCAUUUGAUUUAUUACCACACAUUGACUAUUCAAUUCACUAAAACUUCAAGUAGCAAUGCAACAUUAAGCAUCAAGUUUGAAAUAGGGUUUCCACUGUCAGCGAAAUAUUCAGGUGAAUUAAAAGACAACACUUUGUUGGUGCUGUAUGGUGUGGAUGGUCAUGUAGAACAGGUACCAGAUGUGUAUGAUGAUCACCCGAUCAUUCCCUCUUCUCACACAACCACCGAAACAACGACUACCAGUACGGGGGACAAGAAAGCUUCCACACUUCCUAAAUCUCAUGGAACAGAUAAUUUACUUCCUCUGUUUUUGUCUUGCAAUUUAACCAAAAGCAUUGAUGGAAACAGAACCAUCAUGAAGUCU